AACGCCAAAUUCAAAAUUUUCGUAAAUUCUUAUAGAAAAAAGAAAUUGUUCCUGCGCAUGUCUUCAGGCUCAUAUACGUAUUAUUUUACGUCCAGAAUUAGGAUUCAAAUUUAAAGUUUAUAUAGACGAAUUAAUAUUUAGCUGAAUAAUUAUCGAACUGUGCCAAGUACUAGGACCCCCAAGGCUAAUGCGUAGUACGGAGUUCGCUAAUAAAGUUUACAAAUCGUUGGUGCAAUCGAAAAAACCGACUAUUUCUGAAUAUUAUUUAGUUAAUUUCGAACGUAAACAAUGCCAUUAACAUCGUCCGUCAGAAUAUCCUCCACAAGACAACAGUUUUGAUCAACCGCCUAGCUGCAAUGUAAUUGAUACAUUAGCGCUUGACCAACAACGCUCUAAAUUACUUUCCGCUGACAGAUUUCAUAACCAGAAACCACGUCCAGUUCUUCGACAGUAAAUUUCCUGUAGCCUAGUUAUGUAGGUAAAAGUCACCCACACCUACUUUCACAGUUCUCCCUCAGGAGCGAAGAAAUCAAACUAAAAUAAAAAUGGCAUCUGAAUAUAUGGAAAUGGCUGCGGCGGUCGCAUUUGGUGUCCUGACCGCGAUAUUCGUGAGCGCACUUGUGAUAUUAGUUGUAAUUUGUAAGCGGCAAAGGUUCUUCCGCGACAUGUUCGGUGAGGGCGGCGAAAUGUCCAGGCCGGAGAAGAAGUUAAUAGAGCCGGACAAGCCCGAAAUGGAAUUGGGGGAAGUCGGGGAGGUGCACUCCAACAUCGACGGCAUCCUGGCCAACGAACAGUGGGUGGAUGAUGCCACAGGUUUGAUACCUCACUGUUUGUCAGUGCUCAAGACUUGCAGAUGUCUGACUGAAAGACUGACUGGACUGGCUAUGAAUUCCGUGCCUUUGUCCGGUAAUUUUGCCCAAUUUGUUGAGUCUGCCCGAAGAAUCUCAUUUAGAGUGGAUGAAAUGGUUAAAAGCAUGUAUCCACCACUGGAUCCUAAAUUGUUGGAGGCUAGAGCCACUGCUUUGUUGCUGGCUGUUACACAUUUAAUUUUGAUUGCCAAGUAUGAGUGUGGGAAAACUGAUAGGACUGAGUUUUAUUGGAUUGACAGAGCUUUAUCUGAUAUGGAGGGACACAUAUCUGUCUUGCGUCAAGCUGCAGCAUUAGAGGAGAGACAAAAUGGUGUUUUAUAUUUAAACGCUGUUAUGUAAUUAUUAUAUCUUUGAAGAAAGUGAUAUUUUAUAUAUUUGUUUUUAAUAAAAACUUAUAAUUGUUUGGUUAUCAAAAUUUUAUUUAUUUUAUUAAUAAAAAACUGAUAAAAUUGUAAAUGUUUUAUUACUGGUUUUAUCACAAAAGAACCCUCAAAUAAAAAGUAGUUGGAGAAAAACGUCAACAAAAAAAAGAAUAAUUAAUUAUACUGUGCAAGUGUUAUAUAACUCUGAUAAGGUGAUAAAAAUCAGAAGCCAUAAUUAGUUAGUAAAUUUAAAUAAAUAAUUCAAUAGUUUUAAAAUUGUAAAUUACAUAGCACAAAUAUUGUUCAUACUAAUAAAAAUAAUUUACUAUACAAAAAAAAAAUUGAAUUACUAUCAUUAUUUCCGUUUCGAAUUCUCUUUCAAGAUUUUAUUCUUCAGAUGAUCCUUGUAAU